GGCUCACACAUUCCUUUUUUUCUUUAUACUUCUAGCUCAGGUAGCUUAACCUUGACUCUCCUUUGAUAACAUGGCUCCCGUCCUAUCAACCCUGGCGUCUAUCGCCAGCAUCCUUUCCCUCGCCCCGGCUGCCCUUGCUGGCUUCUCUGCCUCUGCAACAGACAACAUCUCUGUGUACUGGGGCCAGAACUCAGCCAAUGGUGCCAAUACACAGGGUCGACUUAAGACUUACUGUGACGACAAUGGCAUCAACAUCAUCAACGUCUCCUUCCUGGUUGGCCUCAAGACUUUGAGCGUCAACUUCGCUAGCGCUAGUGAUAAGUGCACUCCCAUUGAUGGCACCAGCUUGUUGAGCUGCCCUGAGAUUGAGGAGGAUAUCAAGUAUUGCCAGAAACAGGGCAAGACCAUCCUAUUGUCAAUUGGCGGUGCUACUUACUACGAGGGCGGCUUUAGCGAUGCUUCAUCUGCCACCUCGAAAGCAGACGAUGUCUGGGAUCUGUUCGGACCUAACACCGAUGCCGCUAACCGACCCUUCGGCUCUGCUGUCGUCGACGGUUUCGACUUCGACUUCGAGGCGAGCACGCAGAACUUCGUGCCCUUCGCCCAGCGCCUGCGCGACCACAUGGAUGCCGACUCGAGCAAGGCGUACUACCUCUCCGCUGCGCCACAGUGCGUGUACCCCGAUGCCGCCAUGAACGACAUGCUCAACGGCGCCAUCGCCUUUGACUGGAUCAACAUCCAGUUCUACAACAACUUUUGCGGCGUGGUCAACUUCGCCAACCCGAACGCAUGGAACUUCAACGUCUGGGACGACUGGGCGCACAACACGAGCAAGAACCCCAACGUCAAGGUCCUCAUCGGCGUGCCUGCAAGCCAGUCUGCCGGCGGCGGCUACGUCAGCGCCUCGACGCUCGACCCCAUCAUCGCGGACACCAAGCAGAAGUAUUCCAGCUUCGGCGGUAUCAUGGCCUGGGAUAUGAGCCAGCUCUACGCCAACAGCGGGUUCCUGGACAGCGUGCGCUCGUCGCUGGAUAAAGGCGGCAGCAGCCCUGCCCCGACGAGCACGACGACCCGAGGUGUGGAGGCAAAGACUACUCGGGGCCGACGGUUUGCCAGUCGCCGUACAAGUGCGUAAAGUCGAGUGAUUGGUGGUCUUCGUGCCAAUAGACCCCCGCCUCCCAAACGAAUGAGCGAGCGAUCGAACGAAUCUACCGUCCUCGAGCGCACCUAUCACGAACCGAACCGAAACGUCGCAGGUGGAGAGAGGAUCGAGGAAGUCGAGUGCCGAAGUCGAUUGACUUCACAUAGGAUCUUUCAAUAGGGGCGAGGGCUUAGGGCUUUUAUUUGGCGGGAACAGUCUGGGCUUUAUUCAUUCAUGUACAUACUUGCGCUUCUUUGGAAUGACCACCAAUGCACAUACCAUCAUCAUCAUCAU